AUGCACGAGGUGCGUCCGAACAUUUACGUGGACGUGGAGCUGCGGGGGGUGGAGGUGCCUUCUCGUGUAGUGGCUAUAGUGGCGGUGGCGCUUGUACUCCUCAUUUUACUUGUUCUUUUUGUGUUUUUUGUGUGCCGCUUUCUUCUGAAGGUCCAGCACACUCAACUGGAGUGUGUGCAGAACGACCCGACCAGUACAGAAACGUCGCAGUUCCCUCCUCCCACCGGGAAUGCAGACUUGUGGAGGAAAACUUUUCUUGGAAUCGUUUGCGAUAACAAAAAGUACGUUCACAAUUUGGAAACUCUGCAUGCCAUUUACGCCGUCCCGCUGGACCUGCGGCUCUGCGACGCGCUUGUCAACGAGGAACUCUUCAAGGAAAAAGAUAGUCUUUCUAGAGCUUGGGAGCGACGCCGCGCACUGAAUGACGUAUUCGGUGUCAGUGUUCAUGACGCGAAUGGGGGGACUGAGCAUGGAGGCGCCUUGGUCCAGUUAGAGCAGCCAAGAUCCGUAUGA